AUGCAGUCCUCCUAUUAUGUUCUUAUCACCCUCUCCCUGUGGAUACCCAGAUUUCCGAAGCCAGCGCCCGGGGGGUGCUCCGAAUUCACCCGCAGGGACUCUCUGCCGGCGGGAGUGCGGGGCUCGGGGGAAUCCCCGCCCACCUGGUCAUUCCUGCAGGGGAAUCCCCGCCCCCUGUCCCUGUCACUCCAGGAAGGGAGUUCCCGCCCCUCGAAUCUACCAGAGGGAGGGAAUCCCCGCCCAUCCAGGAGGUUCGGCAGAGCCCCAGCGCCGCGCAGCUGGGAGAGCCGGGCUUGGAGAGGGCUCUCGGCGCCGGUGCGUGCGGCCCGGGGCAGCGGGGCGCGGGAGGUGGCUGCGGCGGGGAUCCGCCGGGCCGGGGACGCCCGGGAUUGCGCCUCCGGUGGCUGCGGGCGAGCAGCGGCGCGGCGGCUCUCGGCGCGGCGGUGGCACCGGCGGUGGCAGCGGUGGCGGCAGCGGCGUGGGGACCCACCGGGCGGCGCCUGGGUCCGGACGCGCGAGGAGCAGCCUCCGCCGAGCCGCGUGCAGCUCCUGCCUGUCUCCCUAAUUCAUCCCACAUGUCAGGUCCCUUCUGCUUGCAGCGGUCACUGCCCAGUCUGGGGGCUCAUCUGUUUGGUCAAUGGAGGUGUUUUGGCAAUUCCCAGGACCACCAAAGUUGAUGUAGAUUUGCAUUGUGUGGAGAGGCAGAGGAUGUGGAGGUGUGAACGAGUCCAGGGGAGGUCACCCUGUCGCUGCUGGAGGGACACCUCAUUUCCAGGUCCUCUGCACAAGCCUGACAGUGAAAUGAACCAAGCAGGCACUGGCGGGACACUUCCUUCCUUUCCUCAUUGACGCUCCGG